UUUUCGGUCGGUCUUCUUUUAAGAGCUCUUGCAAUUGGCAAAGUUCUUGCGAAUAUCUUUGUAAAGAUUCUCAUGGAAGUUUUUGUAGAAGUCCUUGUGACACUUGUAGAGCUUGUGAAAGUUCUUGCAAAAGUUCUUGUGGAAGUUCUUAUGGAGAUUUUUGUGGAAAGUCUUGUAAAAGACCUUGUGGAAUUUCUUUGA